AACGCCGCUUGCUGCCGGGGAAACGGAGAAUCGAGGGUGUGCGAAUUUGUGCCGGUUUGCGAGAAACUCCCGCCAUUUCGACAGACACCUAACCUCUUCAGGAUUUUUGCAAAAACUAACAACAUUGAUUUUUUUUUUUUGCACCACACGACGAAGGAAUAUAGCGAAACUACAACCGCUGACUCCCCACCCGGACCAGCUUAUUUACCGAGAAGUGUUCUUCGCGCGCCAGACCUCCUGCCGGAUUGAGACUAUUGCCGCGAAUUUGACUUGUAGGCAGAAGUUGGGAGAAAUAUUUUGGGGGUUGCGACCAAACAACCUGUUGGACACCGCUUGGAAGCAACAUGACGCCGCUGCUAAAGCAGAGAAGAGACAUUGGAUGACUCGGAAGAAGCGCGCUGUUUUUUGGUUGUGCAACGACAUAGCAAAGCAGGGCUAGCCUAGCCUAGCCUAGCUGCUACACGUUGAGCUCCAGCCAGGCCUACCGGUGGUGAGGUGACACAUGCUAUCAGGCGCCUGGAUACAUGCGAAGGUCAUUUUCCUCCACGACAGCCUGUCCGUUUAUUUAACCGAACAGUCGAUUUUUGUGGAGUUACCGACAUGGCGCCGCUUUUGGGCCGGAAACCGUACCCAUUAGCUAAACCGUUAGCCGAGCUGCCAGGCCCGGGAGAGGAGGUGCACAUCAUCGAGCACACCAAGGAGGCCUUCAGGAACAAAGACGAAUAUGAGGCCCGCCUAAACAGGUACAAAGAGCGCAUUUGGACAUGCAAGAGUACCGGAAGCAUCCAGCUUACGCACAAAGAAGCAUGGGAGGAAGAACAGGAAGUCACCGAACUGCUUCAGGAAGAGUAUAACACCUGGUUUGAGAAGCCAAUCUUGGAGAUGGUCCACCACAAUACAGUGUCUCUAGAUAAACUGGUUGAAAUGGCCUGGAUGGAAAUUCUCACCAAGUAUGCUGUUGGCGAAGAGUGUGACUUCAUGGUUGGCAAAGAUAAGACUUUACAAGUGAAGGUGGUGAAGGUUCAUCCCCUGGAGCAACCCGAGGGUGAGGCUGUGGAAAAGAAGCUUGAAGGUGCCUGUGACUCACCAUCUAGUGACAAGGAGAAUGCCAGUCAAGAAAACCAGAGGAAGGAAACUCCUCUCAGAGAGGAGGAGAACAGGAGGGAGAGUCUCAGUGAUCGAGCACGACGUUCACCAAGAAAACUGCCCACUGCCGCAAAGGAAGAGAGGAAGAGGUGGGUGAUACCCAAAUUCCUUCCUCAUAAGUAUGACGUCAAGCUGGUCAAUGAGGACAAGGUGAUUAGUGAUGUGCCAGCAGACAGCCUUUACAGAACAGAGCGCCCUCCAACCAAAGAGAUCAUCCGCUACUUUAUCAGACACUAUGCUCAGAGGCUGGGCAUGGGAGAGAGUGCGCCCUGGGUUGUUGAAGAUGAACUGGUGAAGAAGUUCAAUCUCCCCAGUAAAUUCAGUGACUUUCUUCUUGACCCACACAAGUUUUUAGCUGCGAAUCCCUCUGUAAAGCGCAAGAGCUUGUCGUCCUCGGAGGGUAAACCUAGAAAGAGGCAGAAGUCCCUUGGCACACCAGGAGAGGAUUCAGGAAAUGAUAAAGGAGAGAAGAAAAGGGGAAACAAGAAAGAUGCCCUGGGGGCGCCACUAAGUCCUACCAUCUGGGGCCACAUCCAGAAAAUAUCCAUGAAUAGUUCACCAUUAAAGGUGAAGAACUCUGGAACACUUAAGAAAGGAGAGGGUAAAAGCUCCGGUCCUUCUAGUAGAAAAUCUAGUGACAGGAAGGAUGGUAGGAAAAACGGAAAGAAUGAUUUUAAAGCUUCUAGAAAAGAUGGUAAAGCUGGUGUAAAAUCAUCAAAGAUGAAGCAGAUGACGCUGCUGCACCUAGCUAAGAGCCCUGCUGCUGGCAGUCCCAGGAAACGAGCACGCAGUAGUAGCACGGGCACACCUAAACUGGGGAAGCCACUACAUCCAAUGGCUCUCCACCUUCUUCGUUACUACAAGGAGAACAAGGGCAAAGAAUACAAAAAGCAUGUUCUGUCUGGCCUCAUCACCAAAGCUGCAAAGGCCUUGUCCCUCGAUGACCGGGGCAGGCUGCCCGAUGAGCUAAGAGAGCUGGUGCAAAAACGCUGGGAGAGACUGGAGCAAAAGAGACGCUGGGAAGCCAUGAGUGAAGAGGAAAAACAAGAAGAGAUGAAAAAGAAGCGAGAGGAUCUCAAAGAGAAACUACGGGAAAAGGCUAAGGAAAGGCGGGAAAAGGAGAUGCUGGUCCGUAUUGAACAAUCACGUCGAUACGAGGACCAGGAGAUUGAAGGUGGCAAGAGCCUGCCCACAUUUAAGCUUGUUGACAUGCCCGAGGGGCUGCCCAACACCCUUUUUGGAGAUGUUGCAAUGGUUGUGGAAUUCCUCCACUGUUAUGCUGGCUUGCUGAUGCCAGAUGACAAUUAUCCCAUCACAUCCAUGACCCUGAUGGAAUCAUUAGCUGGAGAACGAGCUGGCUUCCACUACCUAAACCGUGUCCUGGUGGUACUGCUUCAGACGCUGCUGCAGGAUGAACUGGCCGAGGGCUACAGUGAGCUGGAUAUCCCCUUAUCCGAGAUCCCCCUCACGCUGCACUCUGUGUCCGAGCUGGCGAGGCUGUGUUUGCGUCCCAAUGACGCUCAAGGGGAGGAAAGUGGUCACGGAUCUGUGGACUUGGCCUUGAGCUGCUUUGACGAUGUGGUGACCAGCGAGUUCCUGGAGAAGCUUGAAACCGUUGAGGUGUUUGAACUUUGCCCCGAAGAGAAGGUCAACCUGCUCGUAGCGCUGUGCCACCGCAUCCUCAUGACCUACUCGGUGGAAGACCACGUGGAGAGCAUGCAGCAGCGCACCGCUGAACUGUGGAAGGAGCGCUUGGCAAUGUUGAAAGAGGUCAACCGCAAGAUGGCCGAGAAGAAGAAGCAAAAAGAGGUUGAGGGCAAAGAUGAUAAGAAGAAAAAGGACGAUCCAAAGAAGGAGAUCAAGAAAGAAGUAAAGAUCGAGCUGGUAGACCUGAUCAGCUCAGUGAAGAGCAGACAGCUGAUGAGCAUACAAGCCAGGAAGGAAAGGGAGGAGAUGGACAAACAGAACAAAGAGCGCAUGGAGGAGGCGGCUGAAGAAGAGCGACUGCGCAGACAAAGAGCUACAGCAGAAAAGAAUUUCAAGGAUGGUAUAACCAAGGCCAGGCUUGUUUUCCGCAGAACUCCACUUGGUACAGACAGGAAUCAUAACAGGUACUGGCUUUUCUCUGAUGUUGUUCCUGGGUUGUACAUUGAGAAAGGCUGGGUGCAGGAAAACAUAGACUACAACUUCACUCCUUCGCCUGGGGAAAAAACAACUGAACCUGAGUUGGAUGAUGAUGAGGAUGGAACAGACGGGGAUGACGGAAGUAUCAAUGGUACCAGUACUGACGGGGCCCAGCAGGGGGCAGCAGCAGACAUUUGUAUAGAAAAUACAACUCCUAAGCAAGGACAAAAUCUCUGGUUCAUCUGUGACAGUCCAUCGGAACUGGAGGAACUGAUGGAAAGUCUUCACCCUCAAGGAGUCAGAGAGAGUGAACUGAAGGCAAAGAUAGAAAACAUGUACCAGGACAUCAUGCACUCUAUUAAUUUGACCCGCAAGGAGAAAGUGGUCACUCGGGCCGCUGAUGGGGACACAGAGCUGCUGAAAUAUCUACGCAGUGAUAUUCAGGAGAUAGCCUCACGCCUCCUGAAGGGUGGUCUGGGAUACUUUGAUGACGACGCGGACAUUGAAGAUCAGCUGGAGACAAUGGACACCCUGAAAGAAUUAGGAGAGAGUAUCAUUACAAUUCAGGCAUGUGUGAUCAAGAAGUUUCUGCAAGGAUUUAUGGCCCCAAAGCAGAAAAAGAAGAAAAAGCAAGCAGGGGAAGAAAACAACAAAGCUGAAGAGGUGGACGAGGAAAAGAAACUAAUAGAAGAGGCCAAGGUUGCAACAGCAGUAGAGAAGUGGAAGACAGCCAUCCAAGAGGCCCAGACCUUCUCCCGCAUGCACGUGUUGCUGGGAAUGUUGGAUGCCUGCAUAAAGUGGGACAUGUCUGCAGAGAACGCCCGUUGCAAAGUCUGUCGGAAAAAAGGUGAUGAUGAGAAACAUAUCCUCUGUGAUGAAUGUAACAAGGCCUUCCACCUGUUCUGCCUGAGACCUGUGCUGCACCGUAUACCUGAAGGCGAGUGGUUAUGUCCGGCCUGUCAGCCCACAGUGGCCAGACGUGGCACACGCUCAAGAGAUUAUAAACAAGACAGCGAUGAGGAAGAUGAUCAGGAGGAGUCUGAAGAGGAGGACUCUGACGAAGAGGAUGAUGACGAUGAAGACUCUGAAUACAAGUCUAUGGGCCACAGCUUGAGAUCCAGGAAGAAAAGUAAGCAGUCCUCAAAAAGUUCUAAAAGUAAAUCUAAAAAGAAAUCGUCCACAAGCAGUCAGAGCAGCAAGCAGAGGACUGGUCCCAACAUCCCUGCUGACAUAGAUGAACUGGUGCGUCAGACUUCCCAGUCAGGAGUGCGCAGACAGGUGCGAGAGAUGGAGAAGUGUGAGGAAAUUCUCAAGAAACUGACGAAGUUUCGUUACAGUUGGCCUUUUAGGGAACCCGUGUCUCCAGAGGAGGCAGAGGACUAUCUGGACAUCAUCUCCCAGCCCAUGGAUUUCCAGACUAUGCAGAGCAAGUUCAGCCAAAGUGCGUAUCGUCACGCCCAAGACUUCCUGGAGGACAUGAAGUUGGUCUUCUCCAACGCGGAGGAGUACAACGAGCCGGGCAGCGCCGUGCUCUCCUGCAUGGCCAAGACCGAGCAGGCCUUCACCGAGCUGCUCCAGAAACUGGUCCCUGGCCUCAGUUACCUCAGGCGACGCACACGCAAACGCAUCAUUCAAGCUCCAGCCUCAUCAGAGGACGAGGAGCAGGAAGAAGAAGAAGACAACGAAGAAGAGGAGGAGGAGAGCGUGCCGCAGAAGAGGGUUCGGAAUAACAAAUCAAAUACAAAGAAAAGCAGCAGCAAACGACGAGGUCGGAAUGUGGAAAGCGAAGAUGAGGAGGGAGAAGAAGAAGAAGAGGAGAGAGCGCCGCAGAAGAGAGUUCGGAAUAACAAAUCAAGUACAAAGAAAAGCAGCAGCAAACGGCGAGGUCAGAAUGUAGAAAGUGAAGAUGAGGAAGAGGAGGAGGGAGAAGAAGAAGAGGAGAGAGCGCCGCAGAAGAGAGUUCGGAAUAACAAAUCAAAUACAAAGAAAAGCAGCAGCAAACGGAGUGGUCAGAAUGUGGAAAGUGAAGAUGAGGAGGAUGCUGGUAAGAGAAGAAGUAAGAGGACCUCUUCCAAACCAAGCGGGAAGGAUGACCGGGAUCAGGCUAGCGAUGGCGAGCAGAACACUCGCAGUACUCGCCAGCAGGGGGGCGGGGCAGAAGCUGACCGUGCGAGCAGUGAUGAAGAGCGACCUAGGCAGCGACAUUCCAAAAGACAGAAACGCUCAUGAACCGUUUUUUUUUUUUUUUUGCUUAGUGAACAGACUCCCUUCCAACUUUAAGCUGGGAAGCAAACCUUUUCUCCUUUUAAAUUUCUGUUCAUAUUUUUUGAAAAAUAUCAAGAGAAAAGUGAUUUAUAUUUGUAACGUGUAUGAUUGGUGUUUUCCUUUUUUGUCCCCGUUACCACCACGGAGAGGUCCUCCGAGCUCUUAGAGUGCACCUUUCUUACUCUCCUGCAAACGGUGGCAUGGAAGUGCACUUGGACUCCUUUGACAUGACUUCCCUGAGCCUUUCCAACUCCCGUCUCCUUGGUGGACGGAAAAAGACGAUGCCCGUGUAGUUAGGACCCCAUGAACACUUCUAGAUGAUGUACAACACCAUGAAACCUAGGUUCUGUGUAUGUGACCACAUCAGAUGCAACUUUUGUAAACUCUCCCAAAACUCAGUCGGUGUGUCGUGACUUUUGAACCAGCAAACUCAGUUCAGUGUAAAAAAAAAACACGCUAGUACCUCAAGGAUGGAGGGCACUAUUUUGUGGAAUAAUGUACCAAACAUGCCAGCAACCGCAGGACCACUUUUGCGGAAGUAAUGUGCAUAAACAGUUGUAAAACCAUGUUUUAAACAACAAAUGUUUAUCUAAAAGGGUAUUUUUUUGAAUAGUUUAUAUUUUUUGCACAUUUUUUUUUGUUUUUGUAAAUGUUUAAUCAGGGCUCUCAUAUUUGUGAGAACAUGUAUAAAAAAAAAAAGCUAUCAAACCUGGCAGGAAGUCAACUGAGUCACAUUUUUGUAAAGAACACCUCAGUGAUGAUUAGUUAUAAACAAGUAGUGGUUGUCUUGCUAUGUCUUUUCUGGCUCGCCAGGUGGCGCUCUUCUGUUGUUUUUAGCAGCAUUUCGGUGUCAACUGCUGGUACUUAACGCCAAACAAGAGGAGACAAAGCAAGCCUUUAGUCCUCCUGUGUGCAUCCUGUGUUUGUUUCCUUCAUCCAUAAUGCAAUGAUGUCAAAAAUCUCAAUUGCAUCAUUUGUGCAACAAAAGAGUGGAAUUUGACUUCCCAAGAUGACACCUGUCUUUAACUGUAAAUGUCGCUUACCCACCCUUUUUAUACAUAUGUUUAUAGUUUAGACAGGUUUCUGGAGUAUUGACAUGACAAGAUUUUCCAAUAAAGAUUAUGAGUAAAA